AUGGCUUCAGAGAAGCGAAACAGUCUUGCAUUUGAUAUAGAUGUCAAUGAUCAACAAAGAGAAAAUGAGGGAAAGACACGUUGGAGCAGUUGUGCGACAGAGGAAGACAGAAAUAAACCAACCUACUGUGUGACUGAUGUUCCCCCAUGGUACCUGUGCAUUUUCCUGGCCAUCCAGCAUUACCUGACAUCAUUCGGUGGAAUGAUCUCCAUCCCCCUCGUUCUCUCGGAGGGGCUGUGUCUGCAGCACGACAGUCUGACCCAGAGUCGCCUCAUCAACACCAUUUUCUUCUCCUGCGGCCUGAUCACCCUGCUGCAGGUCACAUUCGGUGUCAGGCUUCCUAUUCUACAGGGGGGCACAUUUGCUUUGGUGACCCCUGCCAUGGCCAUGUUGUCCAUGCCAGAGUGGAAGUGCCCAGCUUGGACCCAGAAUGCCAGUCUGGUCAACACCUCCUCACCUGUCUUCAUAGAAGUGUGGCAGACCCGCAUGAGAACACUGCAGGGCUCUAUCAUGGUGGCCUCUCUCCUCCAGAUCCUGGUCGGUUUCUCUGGCCUCAUCGGCCUUCUCAUGCGCUUCAUCGGGCCUUUAACCAUCGCCCCCACGGUCUCCCUCAUAGGCCUGUCACUGUACGACUCAGCCGGAGCCAAGGUUGGCAGCCACUGGGGCAUCUCUGCUAUGACCACAGCGCUGAUCAUCCUGUUCUCCCAGUACCUCCGUCUCAUACCAGUUCCUGUUCCUACAUAUAGCAAAGCCAAGAAACUGCACACUUCAAAAUUCUAUAUCUUCCAGACAAUGCCUAUUCUGCUGGGCAUCAUGGUCUCAUGGUUAGUCUGCUACCUCCUCACCAUCUAUGACGUCCUACCGUCUGAUCCAGCUCAAUAUGGCCACGUGGCUCGCACUGAUGUGAAGGGAGAUGUAGUGAAUGAAGCCUCCUGGUUCACAUUUCCUUAUCCAGGUCAGUGGGGCAUGCCAGCCGUGAGCCUGGCAGGUGUGUUUGGCAUGAUGGCUGGAAUAAUAUGCUCCAUGGCAGAGUCUGUGGGCGACUACCACUCAUGUGCCAGGCUGUCAGGGGCCCCUCCUCCCCCCAAGCACGCCAUCAACCGGGGUAUUGGUGUUGAAGGGCUCGGCUGUUUGUUGGCGGGGGCCUUUGGCACAGGCAACGGCACUACCUCCUUUAGUGAGAACGUGGCUGCCCUGGGUAUCACCAAGGUGGGCAGCCGAACGGUGAUUUUUCUGUGUGGAGUUUUCAUGAUUUUGGUAGGAAUGGUGGGUAAAAUUGGAGCCGUCUUCACCACCAUCCCGACCCCUGUGGUGGGAGGGAUGUUUCUGAUCAUGUUUGGAGUCAUAAGUGCAGCAGGAAUUUCCAACCUGCAGACCACAGACAUGAAUUCCUCCAGGAAUAUAUUUAUUUUUGGUUUCUCCAUGUUUUCUGCACUCGUCAUUCCGAACUGGUUAAUGAAGAAUCCUGAUUUCUUAGAUACAGGGGUUAGAGAGGUCGACCAAGUGUUACACAUAUUGCUGACCACCCACAUGUUUGUGGGGGGGUUUCUUGGCUUCUUCCUAGAUAACACAAUCCCUGGGACCAAACGUGAGCGGGGCCUUUUACCCAGGGACGAAGAACAUCUUGAGGACUCUAGCUGCAGCUUGGAAACUGAAGAGGUGUAUGACCUCCCCUUUGGCAUAACCUCUUGCCUCUCGUCCCAGUCUUGGGUUCGUUACAUCCCUUUCUGCCCGUGGAAAGGCUACAGGUCUGAGUACAGGUCGGAAGAGAACAAUAUGCCACAGAGCCAGGAGAGCAAUCAACUACCUAACGGCAUUGGGGUCAUUAAAGAAUCUGCUUUCUAG